AUGGCCGGCGCCGCCUCGGCGCUCUUUUUGUUAGACAUCAAAGGGCGAGUGUUGAUUUGGCGCGACUACCGUGGUGAUGUCUCUGCUGCUCAGGCCGAGCGCUUCUUCACCAAGUUCAUUGAAAAAGAGGUCGAUCCUUACUCCCAAGAUCCAGUGGUUUACGACAAUGGAGUCAGCUACAUGUUCAUACAGCACAACAAUGUCUACUUGAUGAUUGCCUCGAGGCAGAACUGCAAUGCUGCUAGCUUGCUGCUCUUUCUGCAUCGUGUAAUUGAUGUAUUUAAGCACUAUUUUGAAGAGCUAGAAGAGGAAUCACUAAGGGACAACUUUGUCGUAGUGUACGAGUUACUUGAUGAAAUUAUGGACUUUGGUUUUCCGCAAUUCACUGAAGCAAAGAUUCUUAGUGAGUUCAUCAAGACUGAUGCCUACAGGAUGGAGGUGACACAGCGUCCUCCCAUGGCUGUCACAAAUGCAGUGUCUUGGCGCAGCGAAGGGAUACGAUACAAGAAGAAUGAAGUCUUUUUGGAUGUGGUGGAAAGUGUCAAUAUACUUGUCAACAGCAAUGGACAAAUAAUACGGUCAGAUGUUGUGGGGGCCCUAAAGAUGAGAACGUAUUUGAGUGGUAUGCCUGAGUGUAAGCUUGGACUGAAUGAUCGAGUGCUGCUGGAGGCGCAAGGUCGAACAACGAAAGGGAAAGCCAUCGAUCUGGAUGAUAUCAAGUUCCAUCAGUGUGUACGUUUGGCUCGAUUCGAGAAUGACCGAACUAUAUCCUUCAUACCCCCUGAUGGAGCAUUUGAUCUGAUGACAUACAGACUCAGUACUCAGGUAAAGCCUCUUAUCUGGGUGGAAGCACAAGUUGAAAAGCAUUCUAGAAGUCGUAUUGAAAUCACAGUAAAAGCAAGGAGCCAGUAUAAGGAGCGCAGCACGGCUACAAAUGUCGAAAUUCAUUUGCCUGUGCCUGCCGAUGCUACAAAUCCUAAUGUCCGGACAUCAAUGGGAUCUGCUGCAUAUGCUCCAGAGAGUGAUGCUUUAGUCUGGAAAAUUAAAUCUUUUCCUGGUAAUAAGGAGUACAUGUUGAGGGCUGAGUUUAGGCUUCCUAGUAUAACUUCUGAAGAAGCAGUUCCUGAAAGAAAAGCUCCUAUUCGUGUGAAGUUUGAAAUCCCGUAUUUCACCGUCUCAGGGAUUCAGGUCCGAUACCUAAAAAUCAUUGAGAAAAGUGGAUACCAGGCUCUUCCAUGGGUGAGAUACAUAACAAUGGCGGGCGAAUAUGAACUGAGACUAAUGUAA